AUGAGCCUAUUCGGCGACGACAAGGAGUCCGAAUGCGGCGCGGUGAAGAAAGUCUCCGGCCCCGUCGUCGUCGCGGACAACAUGUACGGCGCGGCGAUGUACGAGCUCGUGCGCGUCGGCGGCGACGCGCUCGCGGGAGAGAUCAUUCGUCUCGAGGGCGAUUCCGCGACGAUACAGUGCUACGAGGAGACGUCCGGGCUGACCGUCGGCGAUCCCGUGCUUCGAUCGCGGCGGCCGCUCAGCGUCGAUCUCGGCCCGGGGGUCAUGGGCGACAUCUUCGACGGGAUACAGCGCCCGCUGCGGACGAUCGCGAAAGUCGCGGGGGACUGCUUCAUCCCGCGCGGGAUCGACGUCCCGAGCGUGGAUCUCGACAAACCGUGGGAGUUUCAUCGCCCGACCGCGACCGGAGGGGACGGCGGCGGCGGAUUCAAGGUCGGCGACUACGUCACCGGCGGGGACGUCAUCGGCGUCGUCCCGGAGAACAACCUCAUCGCGCACCGCGUCAUGCUGCCGCCGAGCCUCCGCGGCCGCGGGAAAAUCUCGUGGCUCGCCGAGCACGGCGACUCGUACACCCUGCGCGACGCGGUCGUCGAGCUCGAGGUUGACGGCGUGACGAAGUCGUACACGAUGCUGCAGAAGUGGCCGGUGCGAACGCCGCGACCGGUCGCGGAGAAACUCAUGGCGAACCACCCUCUGUUGACCGGGCAGAGGGUUUUAGACGUCAUGUUUCCGAGCGUGCUGGGCGGGACGUGCGCCAUCCCGGGCGCGUUCGGGUGCGGUAAAACGGUCAUCUCCCAGGCGUUAUCGAAAUAUUCAAACAGCGAUGCCAUCGUCUACGUCGGCUGCGGCGAACGCGGCAACGAGAUGGCGGAAGUGUUAGCCGAGUUUCCGUCGCUCACGCUGACGCUCCCGGACGGCUCCGAGGAGAGCAUCAUGCGACGGACGACGCUCGUGGCGAACACGUCGAACAUGCCCGUCGCCGCGAGAGAGGCGUCGAUAUACACCGGCAUCACGAUCGCAGAGUACUUCCGCGAUCAAGGGUUCAACGUCGGCAUGAUGGCGGACAGCACGUCGAGAUGGGCGGAAGCGCUCAGGGAGAUCUCCGGGCGUCUCGCGGAGAUGCCGGCAGACGCCGGAUACCCGGCGUACCUGGGCGCGAGGCUCGCGUCGUUUUACGAGCGCGCCGGCCGGGUUCGGUGCUUGGGGUCGCCGAAGCGCGAAGGCUCGGUCACGAUCGUCGGCGCGGUGUCUCCGCCCGGGGGCGACUUCAGCGACCCGGUCACGAGCGCGACGUUAGGGAUCGUCCAGGUGUUUUGGGGGCUGGACAAGAAGCUCGCGCAGAGGAAGCACUUUCCGAGCGUGAACUGGUUGAUCUCGUACAGUAAGUACGACAACGCGUUGCGUCCGUUCUAUGAGAAGACGGACCCGGAGUUCCUGUCGUUGCGCGCGAGAGCGCGGGAGGUUUUACAGAAAGAGGACAAGCUCAACGAGAUCGUGCAGCUCGUCGGGAAGGACUCGCUCGCGGAGACGGACAAGGUCGUCCUAGAGACGGCGAGGUUCCUCAAGGAAGAUUUCCUUCAGCAGAACAGUUUCACCGCCUACGAUAAGUACUGCCCGUUCUACAAGUCCGCGGGGAUGCUACGCAACAUCGUGAAGUUCCACGACCUGUCCACGGCCGCGAUCAAGCGCGCCGCCGCGGCCGCGGCGGAGGGCGGCGGCGGCGGCGGCGGCGGCGGCGGCGGCGCGAAGAUAACCUUCGCGGUCGUCAAGUCGCGGACGUCGGAUCUGCGGCGCCGACUCGCGUCGCAAAAGUUUGAGGACCCGGCAGACGGGGAAGCGCGCGUGGUCGCGAAGCUCGCGGAGCUCGGGGACGACCUCGUGUCGUCGUUCAGGCAGCUCGAGGACGAGUUCAGGUAG